AAGAGCAGCAACAGCAUGGGCGACAUGUCAGCCAGUCAAAGUCACCACUGUGCGAGUGAAUGACAAAAUGACUUGAAAGUUAGUGUCUUUAUUGCAUUAGUUAGAUAAAUGCUGCCUCGACGUGUUUUCUCUGUUUCAAAACCCCGAGUUGUCUCGCAGAGAGCCAACAGCUAGCGAGUGUCAUCCAAGCUAAUGUUUGGCUAACUUUGAAGCAAAGGGGCGUCAGAGAAUUCCGUUGGAAAAGUACAAAGCUUUGGAAUUUGUCCUUCUGGUGUCAAAUCAGGGUCAUUGCUGCUUCCCCCUGGUGGUUGGAUUCAUGAGUGCACACCGAGGCAGCAGAGAAUAGUCCUCUGGCAUGGGAAGUGGAGUCCAGGAGCAACGUGCAUCACCCAGUAAAGAGGAUGGGCUGCCGCGGGCCUCCACUCAGGCAGAAGGCACGAAGCAGAAGACCCCCUCCGUCGUCAUCACGCUCUUCUCUGGGGCGGUCGCGGGCGCUGUGGCCAAGACAGCUGUCGCUCCGUUAGACAGGACUAAAAUCAUCUUCCAAGUGUCUUCAGCGAGAUUCUCUGCCAAAGAAGCCUACAGAGUGAUCUACCGCACGUACUUGAAAGAUGGCUUCCUCAGUCUGUGGAGGGGAAACUCUGCCACCAUGGUGCGAGUCAUCCCGUAUGCAGCCAUCCAGUUCUGUGCUCAUGAGCAGUACAAAAGUCUCCUGGGGGAAUAUUACGGCUUUCAGGGAAAGGCCCUACCUCCACUUCCAAGGUUACUGGCUGGAUCCUUGGCAGGCACCACUGCCACCAUGUUGACGUAUCCUCUGGAUAUGGUGCGAGCUCGCAUGGCUGUGACGCCAAAGGAAAUGUACAGCAACAUCCUGCAUGUGUUUGUGAGGAUCUCUCGAGAGGAGGGCCUGAAGACAUUGUACCGGGGUUUUGCCCCCACCAUACUGGGCGUGGUCCCCUAUGCCGGCCUCAGCUUCUUUACCUAUGAGACGCUGAAGAAGCUCCAUGCAGAGGAAAGUGGGCGGCGAGAACCUUACUCCUACGAACGGCUGGCCUUCGGCGCCUGUGCGGGCCUCAUUGGUCAGUCGGCGUCUUACCCUCUGGACGUGGUGCGGCGGCGCAUGCAGACGGCGGGCGUGACGGGUCACACUUACGGCAGCAUCCUGGGCACCAUAAAGGAGAUCAUGUCUGAGGAGGGCGUGGUCAGAGGUCUCUUCAAGGGCCUCAGUAUGAACUGGGUCAAAGGGCCCAUUGCGGUGGGAAUCAGCUUCACAGUCUUUGACCUCACCGGGAUCCUCCUGAGCAAGCUGCGCCAGAUGAACCACACGUCUCGGUAAUGGGGGGAAAACGUGCUGGUCGGACUUUGCGGAGAGAGUGUGUGAGGAGUGUGUGCCAAGCAAACACACACACGUGGGGUGAGUGUGUCCUCUACAUGAUGACCAUGUCCACACUGUUAUGUGCUUCAAAGUGCAAUAUGCUGCGUGUGCUUCUGAUCUGUGCUUCAGUUUGAACUGACACUGUACACACACACACACACACACACACACACACACACACACACACACACACACACACACACACACACACACACACACACACACACUCGUCAAGAACUAACGCCUUCCAAUACAAUGCAAGCUGCCAUUUUUUGAAAAGGUCAAUAUAGAAACUUUCCCCACAAUUAGAACUACUUUGACAAAAUGCAAAUAGUGUUUCUAUGUACACUACAGGCCAAAAGUUUGCACACACCUUCUCAUUCAAUGCGUUUUCUUUAUUUCCAUGACUAUUUACAUUGUAGAUUGUCAAUGAAGGCAUCAAAACUAUGAAUGAACACAUGUGGAGUUAUGUACUUAACAAAAAAAGGUGAAAUAACUGAAAACAUGAAUCAAAAUAGUCACCCUUUGCUCUGAUUACUGCUUUGCACACUCAGAGCACCUGUGAAGUGAAAACCAUUUCUGGUGACUACCUCUAGAAGCUAUCUGCAGCAUUUAUUUAUACGACCCAAUGCAAACAACCCUACCUAGUCAUGGUGCAAAAAAAAAAUCAAAAAUCCAACCAACACAAAAUCUUAACAAACAUGGUCUCACACAACACAACCUGCUCACUGAACUUUGCGGACAUUUAAAAAAAUGUUCAUUCACCAUAAAAAAUUACACUCUUUGCACAUUCUUGGCAUUCUCUCGAUGAGCUUCAAGAGGUAGUCACCUGAAAUGGUUUUCACUUCACAGGUGUGCUUGAAGCUCAUCGAGAGAAUGCCAAGAGUGUGCAAAAAGUAAUCAGAGCAAAGGAUGGCUAUUUUGAAGAAACUAGAAUAUAAAUCAUGUUUUAGUUAUUUCAUCUUUUUUUUUGUUAAGUACAUAUUUCCACAUGUGUUCAUUCAUAGUUUUGAUGCCUUCAGUGACAAUCUACAAUUUAAAUAGUCAUGAAAAUAAAGAAAAUCUGUGACCAAAUUUUUGGCUUGUACUGUAUAUGACGACAACAUUGAAUUAUACUUUACCAACAAAGCAGAUCUCCUAUUGUUUCUUAUAACUCUUCAAUUUUGAAAUUAUGAUGAAAAUCAUCAUUUAUUACAACAGAUGUAAAAAAAGAGGCAUAAUUUCUGCAAUUUUUGGCCCUUUGCUCUCUAAUAUAUAUAUAUAUAUAUAUAUAUAUAUAUAUAUAUAUAUAUAUAUAUAAAGAUUACAACAUAAAUGUGUUGUCUGUGAAAUAUAUAAAUGUGCAUUAAUAAGUUCUUGAAUGGAGAAUAUCACUCCAGUUCAGCCCAAAGUCACCUAAAAAUUGAAUUAUGCUUCCAACAGCAUAUAUUGAUGCUUGCUAGCACAACAGUAGCAAGCAUUUUACUGUUUCGUUUAUUUUUUUUAAAUCCCAGCUGCACAAAUAUUUCUAAAACCUUUGAAAUGUGUUUAGUUGGAUUUUAGUUGAGUUUGUGAGUGUUUUAAGUCUAGAUGAUAUGGUGAAGAACAUAAUAUCCCCAUAUUGACAUCAUAUACAUUAAAAUUCACAUUUCCAUUAUUAAAUCAUGUGACCUUUUUUAAACUACUGAUUAUAUCAUAAGGUCAGUGAAAAGGUAUUGCACAAUAGUUGUCUAUCCACCUUUUACCUCAACACAUCAGCGUCAACUGACUGUUAAGCAGGAUGACCGGCAGAGAGCAGCGGAGUGUCAUAAAGCAGUGGUCCCCAACAACCGGUCCGGGCCGCACAUCAGAAACAUGAAAUAAUUUAAUUUCAAUUAAUUUAAAGGACUGCAUUUUCUCCGACUCAACUUUGGCCUGUCCCACUGGACACAGCAAUAAGCUUGUUUAUAGAUGUACAAUGAAACUCCUCACAGGAAGUUAAAGUUAAAGUACCCAUGAUUGUCACACACACCACUAGGUGUGGCGAAAUUAUUCUCUGCAUUUGACCCAUCACCCUUGAUCACCCCCUGGGAGGUGAGGGGAGCAGUGAGCAGCAGCGGUGGCCGUGCCCGGGAAUCAUUUUGGUGAUUUAACCCCCAAUUCCAACCCUUUAUGCUGAGUGUCAAGCAGGGAGGUAAUGGGUCCCAUUUUUAUAGUCUUUGGUAUGACUCGGCCGGGGUUUGAACUCACGACCUACCGAUCUCAGGGCGGACACUCUAUUAUAUUUGUUAUAACUUUGUGACUUGAUACGAUGCACAUUAAUCAACAUAUAAAUGUGACAGAUUGUAACCGAAGACUGAUUUCCAUCUCGUUGCAAAGAAACAAGUCCAGGGCGUUCUAGUGACUUGUAUUUUUGCUGUAUUUAUCAGGCACAAGUGGAAAGCCGGUCCCUGAAAAUAAUGAAUGCCUACAUUAAAUCAAAAAAGGUUGGGGGCCACUGUCCUAAGCGAUCAGACGACCCCCCUCAGAUAUUUAUUACAUGUAAUAUUUUAUUACCGUAAUCAUGUUUAUUUAAGAUUUGUGUUGAAUGCGCUCACAUACUUGAAAAAUGUCAUAGAAAGUCGCUGCGGAAGAGAAUUGACGGUGCCUUGUGGUGUGCAACUUCAUCUAUUGCAGGAAAAUUCAAUAUAUUUGUUGUCUAGAUGGUUUACGUUUCAAAUAAAAGUGCCUGGCAAGGAACACUAAGUGUUUUACCUUACUAUGAGUCUCACUGAGCUACUAUUUUUGAAAAGGUAUUUUCCAGGUUCUUUGUGAUGAUUCAGCAUGUAGUUUAAGGGUUAUUAGGACUGACUGAAUUAGUCCAGUGUUGUUUUCCCCUCAAUACAGUUUCCUAACCUCAAGAGAGAUGUGAACUACGGCUCACUUCCAUGUGAUUGGUAUUAUUAAAUAAUUUGUAUUUAUGUUGGUUUCAAAAUGAUCCAUGUUUGUGGAGGGACUUGUUGAAGAAAUAAUAACAAAAUGGAAACUUUUUAUUGUUGUUUCAUCACAAUUUGCACACGGCCAAGUAAACAAAUUUGCAUGGUGGUACAACAAAUCACGUGAUGUUGUUGAAAAUUCAGAAUGUAUGUUUUUAAAUGUCAAAUAAAAACUGGAUACUU